AUGGGUCGCGUUCGCACCAAGACCGUCAAGAAGUCCGCCAAGGUCAUUAUUGAGCGGUACUACCCCAAGCUCACCCUCGACUUCGAGACCAACAAGAGGAUUUGCGAUGAAAUCGCCAUCAUCGCCUCGAAGCGCCUCCGCAACAAGAUUGCCGGCUACACCACCCACUUGAUGAAGCGUAUCCAGCGCGGUCCUGUCCGCGGCAUCUCCUUCAAGCUGCAGGAAGAGGAGCGUGAGCGCAAGGAUCAAUACGUUCCUGAGGUUUCCGCUCUGGACUUCACCCAGAACUCGGAGAGCGGCCAGCUCGACGUCGACCAGGAGACCAAGGACCUCCUCAAGAGCAUGGGCUUCGACUCCAUCCCCGUCAACGUUGUUCCCGUUGCUCAACAGCAGGUUGCGGAGCGCCCCCGCCGCUUCGGUGACCGCCGCCCCGGCCAGUAA